UCUGGGAAACUGAACGCCAGUCUCUGUCUCUGGUUACUGCUGGCUCAAUUGUUGUUAAUGAUACAUGGUUUUGAAGACUUGGUUUGUCGAGUGAUAGCAACGAUUUGUCACUUCCUGUGGUUAGCUGUCUUCAGUCAAAUGUCCGCCAUUGCUGUCAAUAUGGCCUUGACCUUUUACAGGAUAACUCCAAUAGUUUCAUUGGACGCGGCUGCUCGUUUCAAACGACUCACUAUAGUGGCUUUGACUCCACCUAUGGUAAUAGUAGCAGUAUGUACUGGGCUAGAUGUGGGUUUGACGAACGGGAUGUUGAAGGUCGGAUACGGAACAAGUCUAUGUUCUUGGAUUUCGAAUGACAUGGAAACCAUUGUUAUUUUUUUCUACACGCCGGUUUGUCUCAGUUUGGUCAUCAAUUUCGUGUGUUUUGUCAUCACUUUAUGUGGCAUUGAGAAAAGUACCAAAGCGUCAUCCAUGGUUUCCCAUGACACGACUCGCUCUGAACGACGCAAAUGUGUGAUCUAUACCAAGUUGUCCUCCAUCAUGGGAUUUACUUGGAUCACUGGGAUCAUAGCGGCCAUUUUGGAAUACCCUGCUCUAUGGUACAUCUAUAUUAUACUAAACGGGCUGCAAGGAUUCUUUAUUUUCCUGUCCUUCAUCUGUAACCGACGA